AUGGCCACCCUGCGCCGGGACGGCCGGCUCACCGCCCUGCAGCGCCUGGGCUGCGCCGGGCUGGCGGGCGCGCUGAGCCUCAGCCUGACGGCGCCGCUGGAGCUGCUGACGGUGCUGGCGCAGGUGGGCACCUGGCACUGCCGGCGGGGGCUGCGCGAAGCCGGGCGCAGCCUGUACCGCACCGAGGGCGUGCGGGCCCUCUGGAAGGGGAACCUCACGGCCUGCCUGCGCCUGUGCCCCUACAGCGCCCUGCAGCUCGCCGCCUCCCGCCGGCUUGUUAUCCUUUUUACGGACGAGCUGGGCCGUAUCUCGCACUGGAGAGCCAUCAUGGUGGGMAGUCUGUCUGGCAUGGUGGCCACCAUCGUGACCUACCCCACAGAUGUGAUUAAAACACGGCUCAUCGUGCAGAACCGCCUGGAACCAUCUUACGAAGGGAUUCUUCAUGCUUUUUACAAGAUUUAUCAUCAAGAAGGAUUCCGUGCACUCUACCGUGGUGUUUCACCAGCAAUAUUAGGUGCUGUCCCAUUCUCUGCAGGCUCAUUCUCUGUUUACAUCAGUCUGGAUAAAAUCUGGCGAGAACCCAUAGUUCAUUUCACUCCUCUUCAGAACUUCAUAAAUGGCUGUGUAGCAGCUGCUGUGGCACAGACACUUUCUUUCCCCUUUGAGACUGUCAAGAGGAAGAUGCAGGCCCAGAGUCCUUGGCUUCCCCACUAUGGAGGAGUUGAUGUUCAUUUUACUGGCAUGGCUGACUGCUUCCGGCAAACUGUGAAGAACAAAGGUGUGCUUGGACUUUGGAGAGGWCUCACACCCAGUCUGCUUAAGAUUGUGCCAUACUUUGGUGUUAUGUUUACCACCUUUGAAUUCUGCAAGCGGGUCUGUCUGUACAGAAAUGGUUAUAUUGAAUCUCCUUUAAAUUACAAGCUAACGCCUGGCGUGGACCAGAGUUUACAACCACAAGAACUGAGAGAGUUCCUCCGAAGGGAGAAUUUUGAGCCAAGGAAGUCAACUCUUGAAAACUGACA